UGCUGUGUCAGUGUGUGAGUGAAAGCGAAUAACCCCUCAAACAAGCGCGAAAGCAACUACGAUGGCCGAUUCCGCAGCGACCGAAGUCCCGGCUGCAGCAGCUGCUGCCCCAGCCUCCACGGCCAAGUCACCGAAGAAGCCAAAGGCGGCCGCCGGCCCCAAGAAGCCCAAGCAGCCAGCGGCACAUCCUCCGGUCAACGAAAUGGUGCUGGCCGCCGUCAAGGCACUCAACGAACGCAACGGUUCCUCGCUGCAGGCGAUCAAGAAGUACGUGGCGGCCAACUACAAGGCUGACGUGACCAAGCUGGCCACCUUCUUCAAGAAGGCCCUCAAGACUGCCGUCGCCAACGGCAAGCUGGUCCAGACCAAGGGAACCGGUGCGUCGGGCUCGUUCAAGCUCUCGGCCGCAGCCAAGAAGCCAGCGGUAGAGAAGAAGAAGAAAGCAGCGGCCCCCAAGAAGUCGGCCUCUGCCGCGGACAAGAAGAAGAAGACCGCAGCCAAGAAGCCCGCCGGAGAGAAGAAGGCCGCCGCCAAGAAGACCACCAAGAAGGCUGACGGUGCCGCCGCCAAGAAACCGAAGGCCGCCGCAGCUAAGAAACCCAAGGCCGCCGACGGAGCGAAGAAAGCCGCCAAGAAACCGGCAGCCCCGAAGCAGAAAUCCACCAAGCCAACCAAGGCCGCGGCUGCCAAGCCGAAAGCACCGAAACCAAAGAAGGCAGCAGCUCCCGCCAAGAAGGCCGCCGCUCCCAAGAAGGCUGCCGCACCCAAGAAAGCCGCUGCCCCCAAAAAGGCAGCUGCAGCCAAGAAGUAAACCACCUACUACACGUUAUACUGCAUGCUUCUACAACAGCAUUGCAAUAACGCUCUCUUGGUUCCAAGCAACAGUCCUUUUCAGGACUACAAAUCGAAUCAUUCAAGAACUUCAUCAUUUCAUUCGAACACCUUCACGCAAUAGCAAUUACAUAGAUCGGCGGAUUACUCCUGCUCGCUCGAAUACUGCAUGGCUUGUUCAGCUGGCAUGCCAUCAAGUUUGUUGUCGUUUCUCUUUCUCUCGUUUUAGAUUACAUGUUGGCACGCACAACAGGAAAUUAACCCAACGGCCAAGCUUUAAGGCUAGCUCACACAUCGUCUACUUAUUCCCAACUACGCUGUGAUUCCGAAAAGCAUAGGCAAAACUACAUGGAUGCAGCAGGCCCUGACUGUCGAGUAUAGCAGUGUUCGGAAACGUCUUGUACAGGAGAAUCGAACCGUCAAGCGUGCUCCAAGCUCUGGAACCUUUUCAUAACCGCAAGUUCUCAUCUCUGAAUUAUCAGAGUGGAAAAUGUAUGGCUCUGUUUUUGUAAAUGCCGCUCAUCUAUUUUUGCGACAUCCCAACAAUGUUAAUACCCAAGAACAGGUAAUGACGGUUAGUACAUACUACGAGAAUGUCCAACGAAACCUCACUAUGAACAUGCUCUCUAGCGACAAACACGCGACGAACAUGGUUUUUCGGAGAUUGAGCCAGUUUUCCGAUACGCCAAUGUGCAUUGAUAGUUAUUGGUACCCUAGCCGUUCGGUACAAUCAUUUACGACCAGUCCAACGAUGAUGCCUACCCGUAAUGUACACAAAUUAAACGGGGUCAUCCAAAAUUACAUUUCUAACUAACCCAUCGUUUGAGGUGCCAUAUUACAUUGAAGGUAGUACCAACAACUGAACGAACCUAAUACCUGUACCCAUUAUAGGAUACAGAUAUCAUCAUGUACCUAUGCUUCUUCAACCUUGCAUGAGAAAGAGGCGAAAGAACUCCUUACGAGCCAAAACUUCUAUCUAACAUAUCAUCAACAACAUGUCUUUGGGUUAGUUGGGCGUGUAUGCUUCCAA